AUGGGGGAGCAGUGGCUGCCAUGGAAUCGCCCCCGGCAGGUGCUUCAGCCAAUGCCUCUGGGAAUGACCAGCAAGCCCUGGUUCAAGGACAGGUUGCCUUCUAAGUGUUUUGCGAAGCACAAACAGGAACAACUGAAGUUCCCUACCUCUCUUGAUGGCCGACGCUGGGUGUUUGUGAAGGAAGGGCUGGAUGAUUUCAGGAAGGGCUGUCCGCCUAGUAAAGGUAUGAUCAUUCGGGGCCCCAAAGAGGGUUUUCUCCCAACAAUUACUCAUCAAGUCCACCGUGGAUCAAAAAAGAGUAAGCAAAAACAGUUUCAAGACGUAAACCUGUUUUCUUCUCUAUCAUUGGCUCAGCAAGCUCGUAAGUCCUUUGUGGAGAAAACAGAAGCAAACCUGACCCAGCAUCCAUUGGCCUUCUGGCCCCUGGAGGAAGGAAUUCCUAGCGAUAUUGAUUUCUUAGAAAAUGUGCUGGAAGCUCUGGGCACUGAGCAGAAGUUGGAGGAGAGAUUGAAUCAAUGUGAGGUCAGCAGAAAAUCUACUCAAUCUGUUCAUCUGCCUAGUGUGGCUGAGGACUACUCUGAAAAACAAGAAGAGCGGGAACAUCCCAAGUUUCCUGGGGCACGUAAGCAUGGUUUGCUUCAUGACAAAAAGCCUCGCAAAAAGAACCCUGCCAAGGAGUCUCUUUAUUACCGGCACAUACCCAAAGGAGUCUAUGACUUCUGUGCAUGGGUUGAAUCCUUUGGAGACUUGGGCAUUGACGAACAUUUCAUGAUGAAACAAUUCGACAUUGGCUAUGAGUGCAAACCAAUCUAUACUGACUCUGCCAUCAAGAAAAUCAGCCCUCCUACAGAUCUCAGGAUCUGCAGAAGGCUUAGCAAAGUGAAGGAGAUUAGAUUCUCCAUACAGGAGGCAAACUUUGAAAGGAAACUGCGAAAACCGAUUGAUCCUUACAAGCCCACCAGGGAUAAGAUAAGAUACGGAGCAUGGUACCUGAAGCCAUAUCUAUGGAAAAAGCUAGUAAAUGAUGAGCCUUUGUUGGACCCUCAAGAGUUAUUUGAACUUGAAGGUGGAAGACCUGGUAAACCAGACAUCAUUGAAGAUCUUUAUGGAACAAUUGCCUUUAAAGAUUUCAUCAUAAGCAAAGGCUACAAUAUGCCAACCAUUCUUGAGAAGUUGUUUAUGAGGAAAGGAUGGAAUUACGACACUGUCAACACUCCGAUACCAAGAGUACUAAAAGCACAUGAAUUGAUCAUGCAGCAAAAGGAUGAAGAUUAUGAUGAUGAAAAUGACUAG